ACAGAACUAUCUGGACAACGACGAGUUGGACAUGAAGGACCCGGAGUUACGGCACUUCAUACUACAGAUAGCACUGAAGUGYGCUGACAUAUCGAACCCGUGCAGGCCGUGGGACGUGAGUCGCAAAUGGAGUCUGAAGGUCUGUGACGAAUUUUUCAGACAGGGCGAUUACGAAAGGCAGUUGGGGUUGCCAGUCACCGAUAUUUGCGACCGAUACAACAAUACGGUGCCAAAAAUACAAACUGAUAGAUUGACACACCGAAGACUUAAUUGAAGACAGCUAAAUAUAAUGGCCGCCGACCGAAAAAUAAACGCG